AUGGUGACCGGACUGACUCCCCGUAUGAAGGCGCGCUGGGUGUCCUGUAUCGGUCAGUAUAGAGCUCCCGUGAUAUCAAGUCGAUCCGCUCGUCACCAUCAAAGUGCGCUCUGUCCUCUCUGUGACCGUUUAAAACGGCUGACGUAAUAACAACGGAGUUCCCUGAAGGCACUAUUUUGUGAUGCGCGGAGGAUUACUCGCAGUGUAAAGUUUGAAGCUGUGUUCUGAGUGACAGAGCGGUGCAGUCCGGGGUGUGUGUGGGUCACCCCAUAGUGAACUGACCAUGAUGUAUCUAAUGGAUGAAGCCGCCAACAACGAGUUAUUGGAGACCAAAGGCUCCCUGUAUCUGCGCUCCAAUCACAUGCACUAUGGCAGACCUACCUAUGUCACCGGCUGGCAUCAAAGUCGUGAGGCUGAACCUAAAGAUUAUGAUUUAGAUGCAAUUCCAGUGGGAAAGAAAAUAUUGUCUCAUUCUACAUACAGAAGGCUUGGAGAUAUGGAAAAUGGAGAUUGGAGAACUACAAGUGCAGAGCACCUGUCCCAGAUUCACUUAAAGAAAGACUAUGAAGUCAAGGAUGUGUCAAAGUUAAUAAAUGAAGACAAUAUUGAUACUCUUAAUAUUGAAAGACAUACUGGUCACCCUGAGCAUGGUUUUGGAGCAGUUUUACCACAUCAUACUAAAGAACAUGGAAAAAUGAAUCUAGAAACUACAUACUGCACUGAUUAUACAGCACCAUAUCAUUAUUCACCACCUAAUUGUCCAGAUACUCCAGACUAUUCUGCAGCUUAUAAGAAAUGCCACUCUCAGUUUACAGACACUGCAGACUAUAGGAGAUUUGGCAGAAAUACAUGGCAGGAUGAGAGUGGAAUUUAUGCCAAUAAUCCGAUGAAGCAGAUUGUGUUUAAGCCAUCCUGCCCUAUUACACCCCAUCUGUGAUUAAAUAAACCUAUACUGGAUAAUGUUCAACAAACAGAAA